CUAGAAGCGCGUGCACGAAGGGCGGUACGUGCCCGCGCGUCGUUUAGCAGCAAGAGGUUUUAUAGUUACGCGCCGAGUCGAUUGCAUUUGACCACGUUGAACAUCAGCCUUUCAGUGGGUUAAGAAGUGAUCAGUUCCGGCCCGCGGCGUGUUCAGGGCGCUGAAGACUUCACUGAACCUUUCAUCUGUUACAAAGGAAAAAAAAAAAGCCCAGGCAGAUCACCAUGAAUCCCUCGUGUAGCAGAUGUAACAAGAUUGUCUAUCCCACGGAAAAAGUAAACUGCCUUGACAAGUAUUGGCACAAAGGAUGUUUCAGCUGCGAGGUCUGCAAAAUGACUCUAAACAUGAAGAACUACAAAGGAUUCGAAAAGAAACCCUACUGCAGCCAGCACUACCCUAAGACGGGAUUCACCAGUGUGGCCGAUACUCCAGAGAACCUUCGGCUUGCUCAGCAGAGCAAGAUGCAAAGCCAGGUGCUCUAUAAAGAGGAAUUUGAGAAGAACAAAGGGAAAGGCUUCAGCGUGGUGGCUGACACACCAGAGCUGCAAAGAAUCAAGAAAUCCCAGGACCAGAUUAGCAAUAUCAAGUAUCAUGAGGAGUUUGAAAAGGGCCGAAUGGGAGGUGAGGCUCUGCCCGCUGAGAGCAAUGCUAACAAAGCUUACCAGCCUACAAGCCCAACCAGUCCUCAGAAUUACAACUAUGAGCCCCAACCUGCUCGCUCUGCAGCAGCUCCACCACCUCCUAGUGGCGGGAAACGCUACAGAGCAAUCUACGACUAUGCAGCAGCCGACGAGGAUGAGGUUUCGUUUGCUGAUGGAGACGUGAUCAUGGACGUGCAGCAGAUAGAUGAGGGAUGGAUGUUUGGCCGUGUGGAACGCACAGGCCAGCAGGGCAUGCUACCUGCCAACUACGUGGAGGCUAUAUGAGUGGAGAAGUAGAAGGAUACAGGAGGAAGGGAUGUACAUUUGGAACGACCCUGGUGCCAUCUUCAUUUACAUUUUCUUUACCUCCCUCCAGUUAAUUUCACUAUUGGUUUAACAUGUUCUUAAUUAAAUGCGAAAGAAACUUGAUCAGGCAUCUAAGCUUUAGCUUUGUUAGACAUAAUGCUAGUAUGCUUGGAAGAAAAAAAAAGUUCCUAUCAGCUGAAUGAGCAUUAUUUUUUUUUUCCAUUUUCAAUUUUAUUUACUUCUUCUUUUCUCAUAUGAGCAGUGUUGGUUUUGUGCAUUGCUUUGCCCUUGUGCUGAAAAUUAUAGCUCAGAUUGUAUUCUACCUUCAGCUUCAAAGACACUGGCGAAAUGAGACUGAGAUUGAGUUGUCAUGUCUGUAAGGAUUAUUUGUAUCUAGAAAGUUAGGUGCUGCAGUGGCUGCUGGGAAAUCCAGUUUUAGUCAGCUGAACGGUUAGAUGGGUGACUCGGCACUCAUCGCUCAAUCAUUGUCUUAAUCAUGAGCUUGUCGUGUCAAGCGCUGCAGUUGGGAGGGUAAAGCCCUUUGGAGAUCUUUUUUAUGCACUUUGCGGGAAAAAUACCAAAAAUUAUUAUGGUUUUAUAUAAGAAAAAAAAAGAUUAGAUAUGGUACAGUAAUUUCUUAAAUAUGCCACAAUGAAAGAAGAAGAAAAUUCCAGGUUUUAUUAGUAUAUAUUGGCAUAAAUGUGACAUAUCAUUCCAUUGUUAUUUUGUAAGAAAGCAUUCCAAUUCAUGAAUAUAUUCAAUAAUAAACUUAUGAUUAAACCAGUUAAA